UAUUACAGCCUCCUGUAGUUAGUCAUUACACACAAUUAGCCCAGGCAGCUAGGGUUGCUAACUGGGAGCAAUACAGAGAAGCCAUGCCAGUUGUACACAAGCAGAAAGCAUUACACUUGACAUAAUGAGCAGGGCUUUUCAAGAAGUCCCACUCCCUUAUGACUGGAAAGGCAAUGAACACAGUACUGGAAAAGCAGGCUGCCUUGUGAGGACAGCCCCAACCCACUUCUACAUCCAACACCAUCCUUAUAGUCCAGGGACUGGCUGUGCGGUCAAACCUCAUGUUCAUACUUCAGAAAGGAAAGCAUUCCUGGGGAGAGCUGCACGGGUUCUGAAAAAACCCAAAGGAGAAGUUGUUUGCAUGGGCACCAUGAAGCAGAAGGGCUGGCCCUGAUCCCACCACACCACGCUGCCUGGCAGCACAAUUACUUGCAGUUUUGCUUUUAACUAAAGAAAUUUCAAUUGGACAGGAAAAAAAGGAAAAAACGCAGCAAUGAACUCUGGUAAACCAAGUAGCUAUUUUUGCAGAAAGUGCCGGGGAUUUUUCACUCUUAGGGGAAAGCUGAGGUCAUCUUGCUAAAUCUGGCAGCAUUUCAGCCAGUGCGAAGCUUAGAGAAGAGAGGAGCAGAAAAUCCAGUCCCAGCCAGCACCUAAAUGAAGUCACAUAGCAUAAUAUUAAGUUCAUAAAUUACCAGGAAAGAUAUAGUUAACUAUUUCUAGGCAAAAAUAAGCAGGAAGAGGAUGGACUUACCUCAGUAUCUCCACACAGUAAAAUAACCUCACCAGGAAAGCUCUCACUGCGCCAUGCUCUUGUAAACAGGCUGUACGCGGAAAUGAGGAGCUGGCAGAGGUUACAAGAAGCAGCACAUGCAGCAUUGCACAACUCCAGGCUUUCCAGACGGCAGUGAGCCACAGUGUGCACAGCCAGCCUGCUGCAGCCCAGCACUCGGUAAAGCUGCCACCUGCCAGAUCAGGCUGCCCACAGCCUCAUCCCACCUGGCCUCGGUACUCAGCGGAGCACAACGCCUUUGGGCCACAGCGCUUCGCAGGACUCAUUUCAACAUGACCUCUUUUGAAGAAGAUGAAACUGAAGAAACAGCAACGUGCCUCCACAUGACAUUUUACCAUCCCUGCCAGCAAGACAAGAUGAUGUUUCGUUGCUUGAAUUUCUGUAAGCGAGAACAGGUCAGGGCAGAUGAAACGGCCAAGUUUGGGCGUGAUUCUAAUGUCUGCCAUUAUAACUUAGUGGAUACUCGUGUUUCUCGGAUCCAGUUUUCACUGCAGUUCUACAGAAAACUUAACAGCUCAGAAUUUUGUUUUGAGAUAAAGAACAUGAGCAAGAAAACAAAGCUGACGGUAGACCAAACAGAACUGGGUUACUUAAACAAAAUUGAUUUGCCAUGGAAGUGUAUCAUUUGUUUUGGAGACUACCAGAUUUUAGCAGAGAUUCAAGAAGGAGAGGCCAUGGAUUAUUUUGAGACUCACUUACACUUGGCUAAAGUGCCAAUCUUACAAGAAACUUGCCUGCCAUCUCUGCAACCCAUACCUGAGAAAGGCAUUUUCCCUUCCUUGUCUCCUUCCCAUGACAAAAGACCCAUAGAGAUUGAUGAAAAUGAGUCAUGCUAGCAGCAAGGAGGAGGCUGGAUGAGUUUUUGAACAUGUGAAGCCUGCACAACUUCAAGAGCUGAAAGCGAUCAUCUCACCCACUGUUUCUAAUGGUUCUCACUGCUGUAUAUCAGUUUCCUUACACACUAUUUCCCAUCCAGACAUACCAGGUGUCUUGAUCCAAUUACAGGAGGAGGUGGUUCGACAUAUAUAUACUUGGAGGAAGAUUAAGGCAGCCAGACGCCAAAUGCUGUCAACUGACUUAUUAAUCUCAGAUGAGGGCUGCUGGACAAGCUUUGAGGCAAAAUUUUUUCUGACUUCUCACACCAGGACAUUACUUUGUUGAACAAAAACAGCGUGUCUGACAUUGUGUUUGUCAGGGCAUACGUGCUCGUGCUCUUUGUUCAUUACACAAAGAUGUGAGAGGGAUCACUUAAGUCCAUGGCAGCAUAUUCAAUUCAAAACUGUGACUGCAUGCCUAAAAGGUAUAUUUAGCAAGCGUUAAUAUUUUAUGCAAGCAGAACAAUGUCCUAGCCCCUGUACUGGUUAACUACGGAGGGGUCACGUAGAGUCACGUCUCACUGCAUUUGUUAUACUUUGUUUUGCUUUUGACAUUAAAUUCUGAACAGUAUUUUCAAGCCUAGGUUGUAACUUCCCAGAUUUUGCAGCUUAGAAGCACUUUGUAAGGAUAGCAUUUUUAAGUUAAUGUUUUUAUUGACUUUGCACAGAGAUUUUUCUAAUAUUUUUAAAUAGAUGAAAAAUAUGUUGGUUUUUUUUUUCUUUUUUUUUUUUUUUGCAAGUAAGCUGUUUUAGUUUGUGAACGUAAAUAAACAUAUAACAUUAUGUAAAGAUCCAGCUAGAUUUUGUAAUAAAGCAUUUGGUUGUUCAGUAAAGGUUUGUUGUCUUCUGCAGCUAUAAAGUAAAAAGGCUUAUGUGAAUAAAAUGACAUCCAGGACAAUCCAUCAGCAAUAUUCUAAAAGUGAUGCUGCUCGAAGAGUUAACUAAAAUGCUUUGUGAGUUUUCUCCCUAUUCUCUCUCUCCCCAUGCCACACCUACUUUAGUCUCUUAUAAUUUUAUUUUCAGUUAAGUUUUUCUCACAUAGGUUUAGUUAAAUUUUUGUUGGGGGCUCAGCAUUUCAUUAGCACUUCCGUUUUGUCAAGUGUUUUAGACUGCUUGAAAGACACACCGGAAGGGCUCAGAACAAAGCACUUUUAAGAGUUAUCUAUCUUACCCUCAAGCAUUAACAUCUACUGAAUAACUAAAUUAUCCUAGACAUUUAGCAGAACACCUUUCAACUUUAAACUACUUCCAACCUCUAAGCUCUGUAAUCCAGUACAGAGUAAACCUCUGCUACAUACUGCUCCUGUUCCCACACACAUCUGUCUGAGGAGUCCUAGAGUCAGGCUUACAUUUGACUGGAUAUCAACUGUUCCCUCUAACUUCCCCAACACUAGGAAAGUAUUUCAACAUUAGUCGUUACAAUACAAGAAAACCACAACAUAAUCCAAGAUUAGUGGAAACAAUCACAAGUGAAAGAAGUUUGUGGAAGGGCAAUGAGACCAAACCCAAGUUUUCAUGGGAUUUCAUUUGUCUGUUUCACCCUUGCAAAAAAAAAAUGCCUCGUUGACAAAUUUUCCACCUGUUGAACUAACCUUUAAUACUCACCCCUCUUACAGUCGUUAGGCUGGAUGUGCAAUGCAAAAUUCAGCUGACACCUCUCAGCACCAAUGCCUCUAUCAGGCCAGCCCGUCAGCCUAACAAAACCAACCCAGCAGGAAUCACCAGGUCACCAGACCCGGUGCCACUGGCUGCUUGGCUUCCAUAUGCUUUUGAUGUGAGUCUUCCUACUCUCUAAUUAGAGAGAGUGGCAAAUAGCCUACAAAUGCAAACUGUUCAGAAAAGGAACAAGAUGAAAACACAUCUGCAAGAAGCUCUUACAUUUAACAGCUUUAAUGUGGAAUCAACCUCUCAUAUAAAACACAUGAGAUUUCUUAAGUUCAUUAAUUUGGCAAGUGGCUGAGGGAAAAGGGAGUGUUCUGCAUUCCCAAGGAACAGCUUUGUUCUUAUGAACGCUUUUAAAUGAUUGCAUGGUGACAUGCAAGUUCUUGUUUUGUACUGCUUGGGUCCUCAAAAUCAGGUUGCUAGUACUACUGCUAAACAGUGUUACACAAUUCCUAUACGCUGGCCCUGCCAUACAGGACAUCAGCCUCCAGCACUGAUUGUAUUCAUUGCUUUUACUUUCUCUGCAGUUACCCACAGAAAAAAAAAAAAAAAGACAACCCCAAUCACAACUUUUCAGGCUCAAUAUAUAGACAAAAGUUUUUACCACCUACUGACCUCAGGAAAAUCUUUUGUCUGUUCUGUGGAGUUCAGUGCUACGUCUCAGAAGGUUUUGCAUUCACACUGAACAGAGGGGCUCUGUGGCUAGCCGUAAGUCUGGAGUGGCACAGUCCAUAGCACACCUCUGGGAACCAGCAGAAAAUAUUGGCCUGGGGAAUGGAAAAUGAAUGAUUAAUAUUUUCCAAACCUUCUUCCUGUGAUAAUAUAAAAAAGCAAGUGCAUUACUGCAUGUGAGCAGCAAGACUAGAUGCACAGGUACCAGCGUUUUAGCACUUACCUUCCUGUAGCUUGGUUUAUCUCGUGAUGAACUACACUGUUUUAUUGACUUUGCCACUGCUGAAAGCUCUUUAGGCCCAAUUAAAAGCUCACUGGAAACAUUCCCAUGGAAUUCAGGGGUCAGUAGACCAGGCAUUAAACAGCAGUUGUGAAAAUUUCAAUAACCAGCAUUAUGGUCCUCUGGUAUGUACCUUGAACAGCCUCCACGACAGCCAUUCUAAAUUCGUAUCACCACCAAAAAGAGUCUCAACUGUUGUAAUAUUUAUAUACCUGUAAAAUACAAAGAUGGUCAUCUUAAUAGAGAAAAUUAGAGGAACCAUUGUACAGGUGCCUUCUUAAGCUAGAAUGUCAAAAACCAGCACAGUCUCUCACAGUCUCUCUCACACAGAUGAUCCCAGGAAAGCAGUGACAAGGCUCACUUCUAUUAUGAUCCCCCCAAAACAGUAAAAAUGUUUGUUUUCCUGAAAACAAACACAAAAAUUGGUAUUGUGGAUAAAUUAUAUGCAUUGAUUCUGUAGUAGCAGUCAACUAAAAAAUACUGGAAAUGAUGAGGUGUGCUCCAGACACACACCCACCUGAUGAAUAUCUCUACCACACACUAGUUAUUAAAGUGUAUGCUAACAAAAGAAAAUAUCAGUACAUAUGGUCUCAAUAAAUACAGACACCUUCCAAGAAAUUUCAAGACCUUAGGAACAUCUUUACAUCAGGCUAUUCUUAAAUAUAAUUUCACAUCUAAAAUGAAGGUGACUCACAUAAAAACAAAGUCAGGCAGGCACGAUGAGACUGGAUUUUGCAGAAUGAUUUUUUUCUUCCCCAUCUUGAAUAUGUUUCUAUGGCAAUUUCCACCCUCUGUUAUACAGCACAAAAUUUGCAAGCUGUUGUUUCAAUGAACUUUCAGACCUCCCUAUCAUUAUAUUUAGCCUCACUUAUUCAGAUAAAUGCUUAGUGAAGGAGAUUCAGCUGCACAGUUUAGGAAAUAGCUGGGUUACUUCCAAUGAUUGCACAUAACCUAAGAG